UUUUCGAAUGAUUUUAGCGUCACAUCAAACUAGUCACGUCAAACUAUUCUCUGGCGAACUGGCAUGUAGCAGGGAUGAUUGAAACAGUCCGAAAGGUGAAGAAGUUCGGUUACCGACAUAACAGACCGCCGAAGUCAACCCGCGUUCAUCCACUACCCAGGGAUUAUUAUAUCAACGGAAUGGCCGCGGCCCGCGAAUGGGAGCGAUUCUAUUCCCAUUCGACGGCGACAAGCAGUGGAGCCAGUGGCAGCACGCACAGUUGUGCGCUGGGAUCAGUCCAGCCGCCAGGAUGUGCGUCCAUGGAAAAUGAAUCGCGACCAGAAUCUGGCCACAGGCGUCGUACGAAGUGCAGCGAUCAUCCUUCCCAGGAACGGUCAGUUUCACCACCACCCAGUAAGCACACAAUCAGUCAGUUCCCAUCACCGAAAUCACAAGUAACUCAGGCAAAACCGGAUGAAUACACUAUAAUUCCUAUUGUAUUGGCCAGUAGCCCCACUUUUCGUUCCGUAGCAGUCACCCAAACAAUGUCCCAAUCCGCGGAAGACAUACGCACACCUACCAAGUCGCCCCAGAUGCAAAACAAAAAAACGCAGACACCAGAGUCUGUCCUUAAGUCACACAAACGCCUGGAGUGGGAUCCUGCUGCCGAUGUGGGCUACUGCAAGAGGGCAAUGUCCAUGAGUAACAUCAGCACGCUGGAGCGAUCCGUUCUGGAGGAUUGCGGCUGGCGUCAGCCAACAGAGCAGCGACCCGAGGCGAAUUUGGAUGGAGUGCAUCCCCAUGAAGACGAGGAGUCUCUAAACUCUAGAAUGGAAAGUUCAGUGAGCUCCAAUAAAGGGGAUUCUAGGAAGAAGUGCAAACGUAAAUCCAGGAGACAGAAUUUCGAAGUUAGCUCUUGUCAGACAGACUCUCGUCAUCCGGAAAGGGAACAGCAAGGAAUUCAGAAACUCACGAGGGACCAAAGGAAAGCUAUACAUCACGAAAAGGAGCGCGAGCAAGAGCGACAGUACACGGCGGCUCAGUUCCAGAAGAUUCGGUGCAAUAGACUGCAUGUGAACAAAGGGAACCAGCAGCCCGAGAACCCUGUAGUAGAUCCCCCCACCGGCGUCACCGCCUCCACAUCAUCCACCUCGUUAGACAUUGGAUCCGGUAGUAGACCGCGAGGGGAACUGGAUCUAGGAAUCGAUUUGCUCUGUUCUCUGGUAAGAUCUCGCAGUCUGAGCCAGGGACAGAAGAAGAAACUCGUCCGGGAUAUAGCCAGGCGUAUCUCUUGUCUGGAACUAACCGAAUCCAGUACUAGUUUGCGUUCCCUGAGCAUCAGCAGCAAGGAGCAGUUGAAGGAGCCUACAGGUUCUCUGCAGCAAGUUGCGCCCACCAGUACGAACCAUUCCAGUUCGAGAAGCUCAUCCAAAGCUGAACGCAUUGCUCUACCAGUUCCCGCUCCACGAAAGCGAGCGGUUAUCGGAUCAGCUUCGCCACUGCCUGAAAGCUUAUUGUACAGUGGCUCAACCAGUGGCUCAGGCGAUGUGAUCACCCAGAAGACCAAUGUACCGACUCGCGCUGCCUCAACGGAUGCAGAUAUUGAGCCUUUGAACUUGCAGGAUUGGCUGAAUCCCAUGACCCUGAGUGAAAUAGAGUUCGUAGAGCGUUUGAAAGGAGGCAGGGAUUCGGAGCGAAGGAGACAGCUCCACUGGUUCAAAACAGAGGAAUAUCAUCUGCGACAAGGAAUGGCAGCUGAAGCAGUUGAAGAGAUGGAAAAUUCGGGAACAGCAACAACACCUCCUCCGCCAGUGAGAAUUGAAUCGGUUGGAGUGAAUCUGACCAACUCUGAUCCUUCCACACUGCCAGCACCGCCGCCGACACAACCACCACCACUACCUCCUGAAAAGAUGGCCACACCUUUACUUGUCUCGAGUAGCUCCACAAGUGGAGGCGCUCGCAGCGAAAGUGUCUGCUCCUUUGUCCAUUAUCAGACCGAGGAGCUGGAACAGUUUGUAUUGCUCCAGGAACAGAAACUUUACCAGCUGCAGAAGCAGCUGAACCAGCAAAAAGAUAUUUUAAUACGGAGGCAGCAACAUUGUGGUCAGUGUGCUCAAUGUGGUCACCAGCGGACUUGCGUUCAUCAGCAGCAUUGCCCGAAAUUCCAGAGGCAUCAGCAGGAAGCACAGGAUCAGCACGAUGAACGAGAGCAAUAUAUGCAGAUGCAGUACGCCCAGGCGGCGGGAAGUGCCUAUGCCACUCCACUCCAGAUUGGUAGCUCAGGCGCGGAUAAGAAUGAAGACAUAUACUACCAGGUCCUCAACUCUCAGGGAGUAGCAACUGCAACUAAUGGAGCAGGAGGCUCGGCCAUCACCAGAUGUGAGACCACCACUCAUCAGUAUGAUGAUGUGGCAUGUCAGCGGGUGCGAAGGGGGCACAAGGAGACCAGGAUGAAUGCAGAGAGCAUGCAACGCCAAACGCUACAAGUGCGUCCGCGUGCCAUAUCCUAUGUCAUUCAGUUUACGCCGACGGGCAGCAGUGAGGUGCUUGGGGAAAUGUCCUCCCUGCAGGAUCAACUGCAGCUGGCUCGUCCCGAAUUCUGUGCCAAUGCCAAGCAGCGCAAGGCCAUACUUAAUGAGAUGCAGAUGAUUCGCAAUGUUCGGCGCCAGGAGCUGGACAAUGUUUUGAACCAGAGUCCCAGCAUGGAGGCGCUGAACAGGCAUCUGGAGCAGCUGCCUCCACCAGCCACUCCUCGCGUAAGGUUAUUUACCACCAGGGAAAUGAAGGCUAUAACCUCCAAACGAUGCAAAAAUUUGCCGGAAGUGUUGGCCGCCCAAAGUCGCCAGCAGGAGGAGCGCAGACGUCGCUCCAAUCGUUUGAUGCGCGAUGUCUUCAACAAGCGCCUCAAGAGUCGCGUGGCCAGCGGAAAGAUAUCGCAGGGUGGCGAACAUCGAAUAAGGAUUUCCCCACAGCCGAAAUGACACCUACAAGUUAUAGUUUUUCAUUAUUAUGCUUUUGCCACUGCUAGGCUUUGUAUUUUUCUAUUUUUUUUAAUCGAUCACAAUCGAUGUUAAAUGUAAUGUUAAAAUUUAAUGUAAGCGGCUAGUUAACUUCAAACGUGGAAAACUAUGUUGAUCUAUUAGACAAAAUUUUUAAUGUUUUUAAAAGAAAUAAAUUGAGCGCGGGUUUACGAUCGAUUUAAAUCUAUAUCGCAGUGUGGCCAAAUGUCUAUGUUAUCGUUCUUUACAUCUGGGCACACCAUUUCCCGCCAAACUUAAAAGUUCCGUUGCUUUUGAAGAUGCGAUUGCAUGAUGAUAGCAGGGGAUCUGGAAUAUUUGA